UGUAAGGGUAUAUCCGAUUAUUUAAGGUAAAAUAUAGUUAAGUUUGACAAAAAAUAAAAUCUUUUAUUUUAAUAAAACUGGACAAUAAUUAUAGGACGGAGGGAGUACACUUUUGUAUCCGGUAUUGCAUUGUGGUGCACCAUUCCCCGCCACUGUUUCUACGCGUCAUACUGUGUUAGUGUUACGCAUGUAAUGAGGCAUCAGCCUUGUCUAGGGAUCCAAGUGUCCUUCCUCGUCGACCUUUCAAUAUCUAUUGCCUCCAGCCCUUUCAGUUUCUUUGCCGGGUUGCAAAAAAAAAGGAAUGUUCACCAAAGUGGUUGUGGUGGAAUGGAAGGGACUUCUCCACCUUUAAUCAUAGGUUGAUGGUUCGAACCUCGCUAUGAGCCUGGAAUAACCUUUAAUACUUUGGCCAGCUGUCCCACACAUCGAGGUACCUACAAUUCAACGAGAGGGGAUUAGUCACUGUUGCCUUGAACACUCUACAGAUAUGAAAAAAGAAAAAAGCAAAAAAAGGAAUGCUAAUCUCCUAAGUUCAUUGCGGUUAAAAAGUUAGGGUAAACUUGGGGAGCGGAAAUCACCCUCGAUGGGUCGAGUCAUGGGUAAUAAUAUUGUCCUUUUGACGUCAAUGUUAAUAGGAAGAUUUUGUGCCUGUCAUCUAAUUAAGGCACCUCUAAUUAGUUAGUGGGUAAAGGCAAUGACAAGGUGGUCUGACGGCUAUCUAAUUCGGUCACCUCCCAUUUAAUUUUGAUGAAGCAUGGUGUAAUGUUGUGUGGUAAAAUGGCAUUUCACGUCUUCAUAAGGCAUUGCUUUUUUAGAACUUUCUUCCAAGUCUUUUUUCUUCCACUUCAUUUCCAAUCCCCUUGUGUAGUACUACUGUAUUUCUUUCUCAAUUUCACUUCUGAAUUCGUCAAACCAGAGUAAAAGAAUUUGAAAUAGUAGUAAUACAUAUAAACUGCUGGGUAAAAAUUACCCAGGCAGGAGGUAGGUGAUGACCAUACUUGAUUUCUAAAACGAAACCUUCCAUUCUUCAAAUUGGACAGACAAGAAUUCUUCCUCCCCAGAAUCCCUUCUUCACCUAGUUAAAUUUCAGACAUUCAAAUCCACGAAAGCAAUUACAUUACCUGGUUCGCAUGAUUCCUUUAAUAAAGAUGUUGCAGUACUAAUGUACUAUGAAUCCAACUUGCUUUUCAUUUGAAACUGAAACCAUUUACACCCCCCAUUUCUCCCUUCUGAGUAAACAUGUUUUGGUCAUUCAUUACUACUACUGCUUAGGCAUUUAAUGCACUUCUUCUUUUGCAUACAGAUUGUAGAUGGGAUGAAUUCAUUACAAUUUUCAUCAAUCAUAAAUGACUUCCGUACUGCCUCCUCCUUAAUUUUUCAAAGACUUUUCUUUUUUUAACCCCUUCUCUCUUUUUCAUUUUUUUCAACACUCACCUAAUAAAUGAAGACAGUUGAAUGUUGAGGUAAUGCAACAUCGCAACUCCCUUUUUAAAUUUCUGAUCAUCCCCAUUCUUCUUUUUUUCUUUAGGAGUAAGAGCUCGUUCACACACACACACACACACACACACAUUCAUACCCAUAUAAACCGAAUUCGUGGGGAGGCGUUACUACCACAUUUUUUCCUCAAAAAGAAAAGAAAAGAAAAUACUUAUAGAAUAAUAAUCAGAUUACUAGUUUCAGUCAGUAACUUCCUCAUGGAUUGGUCAUCACCGCAGAGGAUGUUGUUCUUUGCAGCUUUCCUUAUUAUUAUUUCUGCUGCCAUUCAUGGUGUAAGUGGAGAUACAAUGGUUUCUGGCACCGUCUUCUGUGAUCAAUGCAAAGAUGGCCAAGUGUCCCUCUUUGAUUAUCCGUUACACGGUAAUUUCGUUCACUAAAUGCAGAAACAUUUCCUUCUUCUCAUCAGUGACUAUAAAUGUUAGAUUUUUUGCGGCCAUCAAAUUUUAUGUGCAGAAAGUAAACACAAAUGGUGUAUUACCUUAAUUUCGUCUUGGUUUUGUUUUUUCGAUUUCUGAAGCUGUUUUCUGGCUUUCUAAAGAUGCGAUCAUAGCUGGUGGGUGGUUUCAGUUUUGACUUUUGAGUCAAAAAGACUCUUUCUUUUGAGUCAAAUUUUGAUUGCCAAUUGGCCAUGGUUGCAUUAAAUUGCAUAUUCUGCAUCUUAUUAUGUGUCUGGAUCAAGUAAGAUUUGGGUAUAAUAUCAUUUAUUUACUACUUCAUUAGUUCACUGAUACAAUUUUGUCCCAAUUUUAGUUCCAAUCUUCUUGUGCAUGUUCUCAAAUGGUCCCCAGAUUGUGUAAAAUUGCAGUUUUUUUCCCCCUUCUUGCAUACAUUAAAUCAGAGCCAUGGUUCAAUUUUCGUUAAUAUGUAUAUGCCAAUGAUGGUAUGUCACUGACAGAAGUUUACGAUGGCGUAAUAUGAUCCAUAUUGCCGACUCUAGUCUACUGACUGCAAAGAAUUUGAGCAGGAAUUAAGGUAACAAUUGCUUGUCCUGGUGGUGAUGGAAAACUCACAACAUGGAGAGAGGAAACCACGAGCUGGGCAGGAGGUUACGCGAUGAGGUUUGGGGGAACUCCCGAUUUGAGAGCUUGUUAUGCUCAGGUUUCAGGAAAUGCAGGUUCAUCAGGCUCCUGUGGGGCCUCGGCAGGUCCGGCGCAAUCACUUAAACUUAUGUUUGACAUGUUUGGAAUGGCAAUGUACACUGUGGAUCCACUGAUUUCUCAGCCAGCUGCACCAAUGUCCUUCUGCCCCAGAACUAGUUCCCCUGUCCCCGUCCCGACUCCGGUUACUCCUGUUAAAUCUCCACCGACAACCCCAACGCCAUCGCCCCCUGCCGUCCCAAAGUUGCCUCCAAUUCCUUUUGUAGACGCUUCGGUCUGUCCUUACCAAAAGUGGAUAAUGCCAGAAUACAGAUGCCAAUGGAAAGUGGUGACACCCGACACAAAAGUGGCGGUGGCAUUCGGGCUAAUAGCAGCGCAGCGAUACGGCACAGACUUGACACUUUGGCAUGGGAUGCAAGGGAGAGGGGAGCCUUACAGAACUCUGUUGAGAGAAGGCACAGCUGCCCUCCUGAAUUCAUACAACACCAUUCAGUUCCCUUAUCAUCCCCUCGCCGUGGUCGCGAGCAUGAAUUACGCGCUGACGGCUGGCUCUACACAGCAAGUCCUACGCACUGCCCUCAGAUUCAUGAGGGCUAAUUCAGGCGAUGGCCAUGUUUCCUGCAAACUUUCACCUUGCUACUCAUAAUGAGAAUGAACAAUGGAAGAGUACUAGUACUUAACUCGUAGUUACUGUCAUUUCGAUAUGAAUAUCCACAUUUGAUGGGAUUGGAUCAUCAUCUUAUAUGUUACAAAAAACUCCAUAUAUAUAGUUUUUCGUUUUGGUGUAAUGGUAGUGUUUCAAUUUUAUAGCAGUAUUUGUUAUGCUAUGAUAUUCUUGGGAUUCCCAUAUGAUAAUUUGAUCUUUUCAGCAAUGGCAUUCUGUGACAGAUUUCCAGUUAAGUGUUCCUGCUAUCUUCUGAUUCGAUAUUUAUCAAAACUACUCUACUC